GUAGAAGUACCAGUACAGCAAUAUAAAAACACUCAAUUACAAGUAAAAGUCCUGCAUUGAAAAUCCUGCUUCAGUAAACGUGCAAAAGUACUGAUAUAUUAUAAUAGUAUAUGACAUCAUUAGAUUGUUAAUACUGAUGCAUCAAUGUGUAAGUAAUAUUUUACUGUUGUAGCUGGUUGAGAUGGAGCUAAUUUUAACUACCUCAGAUAGAGAGAGUUGGCUAGUUUGGUCUAGUGGUUCUCAGCCUAGGGGUCGGGCCCCUCCAAAGGGUCACACGAUAAAUCUGAGAGGUUGUGAAAUGAUUAAUGUGGCAGGAAAGAAGGAAAGAAAAUUCUACUACACAAAUCUGUAUUUUUUUAUUUUGUUUUACUUUUCUCCGAUCUUUGUGUUUUGUAAAAUGAUGGAUCAUUUUACCACUUUGGGCCUUGAAAAAUUAUUUAGAUGAAACCAUGUGAGAAGUUAAGAGGGGAAAUGUCUCUUUGGUUGAACUUCUAACAACUCAGACAUCUGAAACAUGACAAGGGGCCCCAGCUAGACACUGCUGUUUGUCAAGGGUCAUGGACCACUGGUUUACACUUUAACAAUGCGUUGUAUUUUAUAAGCGUAUAAUAUGCACCUUUAUGUAAAUCUCAAAGUAACCAGUAACUAUAAGAUAAAUGUAGUGAAGUAAAAAGUCCAAAAUGUAGUAUAAAGUAGCAUACAAUAGAAGUAUUCAAGUAAAGUACAUGAACAUCAACCCAACUUAAGUGCAGCACUUGAGUAAAUGUAAAAUAACUUAUUUUGGUUUAUAUGUAACCUUUUGUAUGUGUAUCUGCAUUUAAGAUUUAACUGCACUAAAUGAUCCAGAUUUUCUACAAUUGGAAGUGGGCUGUGAGUUGAAUUAUCUGGAUUUUAUUUUUAAGAGAAGCUGUGGAAAGGUUUUCGUGGAUUCCCAGAAACAAGAUCAACUUUCAGGAGUAUUCUUCAUACUGGUAUACAGUUUAAUGAGUCCUAUGCUGAAAGCACAGCUUCCAAAAAUAGUUUGGCCAGUCGAAUGUAACUUCCCAGAGUCUCCCAGUAAAACUACACUACAUAAGGAAGUGUCUCCAUCUGCUGGUGAAAAUGUUGAGUUGGGAAGAUAUGUAAAAGCAGCAAACUGAACUUAUUUCAAACUACGACUUAACGUCCAAUCCAAUGUGGUUAAACCAAAAACUAUUUCAUUAAACACUUGAUUAAUAAGUCAUUACUUCCUUAAUCAAGAAUUCUGCACGAUUUGGAAACGUCAAUUUAACAAAUUCACAACUAACAGUAUAUUUUAUCCCUGAUUUAAUUAACACAUCAUUUUAACACGAGUCUGCAUUCUUUUUGUUUCCUUUUUUCUGUCUCUUUUUAUAUUGCCCAAUGCACCAUGUUUCCAGUCUAAACAAAAAACCCGAACCAGUGGACUUAGUGGACCAUUAGGAAAUAGUCUUAGAAUAAUUAAGGUGAAUGAGUCAAGACGUGUCACCAAAAAUAAGAGUCCUGUCUGACCAAGAGCAUCGGGAUAAACAGACAGAGGUGGAAGUGGCCCUUCCGCUGCUGCAAACCCGCACAUCUGCUUUGGGGGCGAGUUUCUUUUUUUUACGCAAAGGAUGUGAGCAGGAGUGGCACUCGGGGGGCUUUAAAUAGGACCUGUCUCCAAACUUUGGGACAACAGAGCAUCUGAAAACUUCCAGCAGCUCGCAGUAGAAACCACCAGUUUGCUCCAGGAUGGACGUCAACAGGAGACUGGGGAUGAGAGACACUGUGCUGGCACUCUUACUCACUGUCCUCCAGGGAUUUCCUCUCGGGGAAACGGUCCCGAAUCCGUCGCCGCUGGUUGGAUCCAACUGGGGGAACCCGAGGAGAUAUGUCCACCUGCAGACAUCCACAGACCUCAACAACUUCUACUUGGAGAUCAGAUUAGAUGGCACUGUGCGCAAAACUACAGUCAGGAGUUCUUAUAGUGUGAUUUUACUGAAAGCUGAAACAAGGGAGCGCAUUGCCAUCCUCGGCGUCAAAAGUAGCCGUUACCUGUGUAUGGAUUUGGAGGGCAACCCAUUCAGCUCUCCCAUCUGCCUCAGGGACGACUGUCUGUUCAACCACAAACUUCUGGAGAACAACCGGGACGUGUACUACUCCAGCCGGACCGGCAUCCUGUUCAACCUGGAGGGCUCCCGGCAGGUGUUCUCAGCGGGCCAGAACCUGCCACAGACCUCCCUGUUCCUGCCCAAGAAGAACACGGUGCCGCUGGAGCGCCUCCUGCUGCACAGGGAGAAGAGGAACCAGGUGGUGGAUCCCUCCGACCCGCACAACGUCUACUUGGGUCAGACCGAGGAAGGUUCCGACUCUCGGGCCGUGCCGGAGGACGACGCCGACCUGGAGGUGGAAGUGGAGGUGGAGGUGGAGGCCGGGGACGAUGGGCGCAACGUGUCCCGGGAGACGCCGCUGGCUCCGUCCACCCACGACCCCUGGAACGUGCACUCGUCCAACCCAGCCAGCCCCCGGAGCACCGGGACCAUGGGGUGAUUUUAGUGGUGACUGAUAAGGGUGUUGCAAGGUGGGGGGGGGCUCCCGUAACCUUUGUCUAAGUAAGUUCAAGUUUAACCUUGUAGUUUAUGAUCACAUGAGAGAAAAAAGCAUUAACAUCAGACUUCAUUUUGAAAAACUGGAGAGCAUUCAGGUUGUUCCUUCUUUUUCAAACUGACUAAAUAAUGUAUUUUCGGUCAUCGCUCAUUUAGAAAAGCUGUGUUAAUACACUAUAUGUACAAAUUAUUAGACUUGACUUGCAGCCCCCUUUUGCACAAGGUAUAGUGAUAAAACUCUAUUAUUUGUACAUCUCCUGCUGCAGAUUUAAUAGUUAAAAUAAGGGUAUGUGUUUUACCUGGAUUCAUCUCAUCAAUAAUGAUUAUUUUGUACAUAGACGGUUAUAAAUGGAGGAUAUGUGGAUACCUGGGUCUCAUCACAUCUAAAAAAUUUAGUUAAUGAUUCACCUGACUGUACUUUCCCCUCAGAAACAGAAAAAGAACAUUUUAGUUCUGUAUGUGGCAAGAUGAGUGAUGAAUCCAUUUCCCUACCAUUAUAAUUAAUUGGCAUUCUCUCACUAUGAGCCAUAGCUUAGAUGAGAAAUGGCAGGUAUGCAGGAAUAUCAGAAAAGCAAACAAAGCCUUAGAAACUAAUAAUCCCAACAGUAGGGACAUACUUUUUUGUUUUUGGGGUCUCUUCAUAUUGAGGUUUUUACAGCUGGUCUGAGAAACCCACAUUUCAAAGUGAACUGAUGUUAUCUCAAGACAGUAGCCUAACUUAGCCUACCUCUGGAGGAAUGAAGGCCCUGUCUACUGAUGUGAAACUAGGCAGGCGUUACUUUAAAAGACAAUAUAUACAUGAAUAUACUUAAGAGUUGCAUUUAGUAGAGUUAAGGUUAAGUUUUGCCUAUAUUUUAAAGUCCUAAGUUUACUGAGUUGAAUAUAAAAGAUUUUAAGUGUGCUUAUUGUUAUAUUUUGAACGUAAAACAGCAAUUCCAAAAACUUUUCAAAACUACAGAUCAUUACAAUUACAGUAUUUGUUGUGUUAAUGUAUCUGUAUUUGUACAAUCUAAUUCAUGACUUGAAGGGAUAUAACUACAGGGUAAACAACCUUUACAGAGCAGUAAUCUUGAUAUCAAAUCUGAACUCUUGCUAUAUGAUUUUACAGGUGCUGAGCACCACCAGCAAACACUAAAACCAGUCCCAAAGAAUAUUUAUUUAUUUAAUUCCAUUCCUUUAUUGUUAUUUAUGAUAUUUAUAAGGAUGCUUUACAGUUAAAUGUACAUAUAAGAAAACAUAGUUUGUCUUUGAAUGUAUGAGUUGAAGUUGUGGAUGGAGUGUUGCUUGAAUUUGGGACAAAAUAAACAAAUAAAGGAAACAUGUAUAGUGUUAUUUAUGCAAACAAGUAUAUAGCUGUGAAUUUUUCAGCUUUGGUGUUCCAGCACCCUGCGUCUGAAAGGAAGUCAUGAAUGUGUUUAACACAUACAGUUUAUCGUUGACCCAGUUAGGCUACUAAGCAGUUCCGCUCAUUAGCCGCGUAUCCUGGACUUUCACACCUCUUCCGCUUAAUUAGCAAACAGGUACAUGAGUACAUGAUUGACUAACUGUUAAAUUGGUCAGUGUCACCCAUCACGCUUUAACCUGUUAACGAGUUCGACAGUUGGGGAAAUACGCUUCCGCUGUUGCGGUUGCCAGGCAACCAGCGGAGAUUCCAGGAAGUUAGCCAAGAAAUAUUUAGACAGUGAACGCUAACCCGCGUAAAACGGCGAAUUGUCGUUUUUAUACUUUGCGUUUUUACGUAUUGAAAAAACGAUAUAUAUCGUGUUAACUAGUUAGCUUUAGAAUAGCUGGUAGGCGGAUUCAGUUACCUUCAGAUAGAGCCUGGCUAGCUGUUUCCCCGUGUUUCCAGUCUUUGUGCUAAGCUAAGCUAAGCGACUGCUGGCAGUAGCCUUAACGGACAGAUAAUUGAUUCAGUCAGUUGUUAACUCUAACCUCCAAAGAAAUAAAAACGUUUUCAGAUGCAGUAGGCUACUUGCAGCAGGACAUUGAAGCUCCUUGAGAGUGAUUGCACAUCUCAUAUAUAUAUAUAACUAGCUAUUAAAGCGCUUCACAGUUAAGUAGUGACGGUUAUAGAGCCCCAGGGCUUUCCAGUCACUCAGGAUGAGAGAAAACUGAUCUCUUAUCAGUUGUUAAAGACGUAAUAGGAAUAACUAAGCCUCGUUUUCUCUGUUACACACCGAGAGCCUUUAAUAUCGGGCUAACUGUGUAUAGUGUGUUGUUUUUACCCAAUGACAGAAUGUGAACAAUCAACUUGUGUACCUAUCAACAUGUAGCAAUGAGCUGAAUAUGCAUUACAUCUAUGCAGUUUGUAGUGAUGAAAAAACACCCAAACUCUUUCCAAAUAAUGUAUAACUACCAUGAAACACAGCAAUCUAGAAACAGGUCUCCUUCCACUAUUUCCUUUUAUAUUCUGUUAUGUUAAAUUGGAGUAGUCCUGUGUACAUCCACAAAACCUUCAGUGGGACAGGUGCUGUAUACAAAAAAGAUCUGUUGCUAACCCACCCACUUUAUUAGUUAAAUUAAAUUAGUGUUUGAUAUUUACAUUUUAUCUUUUGUGACCUAUGGAUUGAAGUUUGUGCAAGACUCUUUAGAAUUAUAUUUGUGUCUAUUCACAUUCAUGUUUUUUCACUUUGGUUGUAAUAUAUAUAGAUAGAUAUAUACAGUAUAUCCCUCAUUUCCUUCCCAUGGGUAUUUGCCUGAGGAAGACCUGUAGUUAGUUGAAAAGUUGCCAAUAAAAUUAAAGUAUGCAGGUACUCCCUUGUAUUGUAAUAUUUUGUUACAUAUCAAAUUAGUCUUCAGGGUUUUAGAUUUUGUCUUUGUGUCAUUAACAUAAAUAGAUCACAUUGUUUUAUUAGCUGCAUGGUCAAAAAACAUUUUCUGUCAUGCAGUUGAGAUUUUUUUAAAAGUCAGUGUUGUUGUCAUGUUAUAUUGCACAAGUCAAAUGAGCAGCUCAAUUGCCAAACCAGACAAUAAAAUACUCCACUUGUGUACCUAUCAGUAAGUAGCAAUUAAUUAAGAAUACAUGUAUAUAAUUAGCAGUGAUGACAGAAACACCAAAUCCCAACACAAGUACUGUAUAAAAGCUAUGAAACACAGCAAUUUAGAGACAAGUCUUCUUCCACAAUGUCCUGCUAUAUUUUGUUAUGUAUCAGAAUAGUAAAAGUGCAUUUCUGUUCAAUGGGAAGUCUUCUUUUUAGGUUUUACCUUGCACGGUUAACAUAAAUAGAUCACACUUUGUUUGAAAUAUUGAGGUCACGAUGGGCUGCGAGGCUCAGCCAUUCAGUGGAGAUUAAAAAAGUGACUCUAAAAAUAGAACAAAAAAAAAAACAGCACUUCUAUUGAACA